CAUUUUGUGCCCUCCCCACCUCCAAAUUGCCUCAGUUACAAAUCGGAAGGCAGGCUUGAUGACCAGGACUGGCAAGCACAUUUUAAAGUCCCAUGCUGUGGAGUUGAUCCAUCUCAACUUGAGUCAGAAGAGGCAGAAGUGGAUGUGAGAGAAAGAGACACACAGAGAGACAGAGAGCCAAAGAGGGCAAGAGACUUGACUUUAAGAGACUCCUGUACUGACAACUCCAUGCAGUUCGGAACCAGAACGACUGCGGCUGGACCAGGAUUCAUGGGGACAUGGCAAAACGCUGAUACUAACCUCUUAUUCAGAAUGUCCCAACAAGCACAUUUUGUGCCCUCCCCACCUCCAAAUUGCCUCAGUUACAAAUCAGAAGGCAGGCUUGGUGACCAGGACUGGCAAGCACAUUUUAAAGUCCCAUGCUGUGGAGUUGAUCCAUCUCAACUUGAGUCAGAAGAGGCAGAAGUGGAUGUGAGAGAAAGAGACACACAGAGAGACAGAGAGCCAAAGAGGGCAAGAGACUUGACUUUAAGAGACUCCUGUACUGACAACUCCAUGCAGUUCGGAACCAGAACGACUGCGGCUGGACCAGGGUUCAUGGGGACAUGGCAAAACGCUGAUACUAACCUCUUAUUCAGAAUGUCCCAACAGUUCCCUCAGAAUAUCCACACAUCUCCCCAGCCCACCAAUGCAGAGGAAAUUGAUUUCACGACUGGAGAUGCAGGGGCUUACAGCACUUCUCCUAUGCAGUGCUCAGCCCUGCAUAAAAAUAGCUUCCUGGUGCUUAAAGGGGAACCAAGCAAAGUCAUAGAGAUGUCAACUUCCAAGACUGGGAAGCAUGGUCAUGCCAAGGUACGCCUUGUUGGAAUUGACAUUUUCACUGGCAGAAAACAUGAAGAUAUCUGUCCCUCUACUCACAACAUGGAUGUUCCAAAUAUUAAGAGAAAUGAUUAUCAAGAGUAAGAACAAGUUUAAGAUAAAAUGUAUCAUCCCACUGGAUAACCUGUGGGCUGUGGAUAAUGUGGACCUAGUCAGAAAACAAGCAAACCUGUCCAGCAAGAACCUUUUCCUGCCCACUGGAAAUUUUUUGGCCACCUUUCUGUAAGAGCAACACUCUGGACCAGUAUUCACAGGAAGAUAGCUGUAGAAAUUGUUGGGCAACUUAAUGCUUCCUAAUUCACAGAUCAAGCCAAUUAACCAGGAUGUUUACAAAAUCCAGUUUAGUUUGAUUUUAUACAAGGUGACAAAUCCAACUUUACCCUUCUAUGAUGACCCCAUUUUGUCUAUAAUUUCCACAACAUACAUUUCACAUCUAAGGAUAUACCUUAGUUUUUGAUCUGUGAUGUUCAUCAGGAUUCAAAAAGAUUCAAAAAGACAAAUGGAGGAACAUUGUCUUCUAAGAAGGAUGUGGACAAAACAGAACAAAGCAAAACAUAUCCUCCACUUUCUUUGCUCCAUAAUGUCUGGUAUUAUUUAGGCUUUGAAAAUAAACAAAUUGAUUUUUCUCCAAUAA